ACAGACAAGAAGAGGAAACAGACGUCGUUCCUCUCCCCACAGCGAUGGUUGGUGGUCGACUCUGUUAUCGUAGCUUCGUACACAUCAUUGUGCUGCUGCUCUGGGUCUGCCUCCAUUAUGUGGAGGCUUCCAGUGGAAAACAUGUCAUUCAUAAAAAAGUUGGAGAUACUGUGGAGCUUUCAUCAGGCUUACCAACUGAAGGUGUGACCGUGGCAACGUGGAGAUAUGGAGGAAUAAAUGUUGCAGACAAAGAUGUGGGUGUUUUUGAAAAAUCUCCAUUUAAGGACAGAUCAGAGCUGAACCUCACAGACUUUACUUUAACAGUGAGAAAACUGACUCUUCAAGAUUCUGGUGAUUUCAUGUUUAUCUCAGGCUUGAAUAACAAGCAAAGGCCUUCAGUCACCAUCACUCUGCAAGUUCAUGAGCCCAUAACUAAACAGCCUGUCAUAAAAAUCAAUUCUACCUGGAUUUCCUCAAAUGAAUCAUGUAAAGUUCUGCUGGAGUGCAGCGCAACUGGUGAUGUCAGCUACAAGUGGACUGUAGGAAAACAAACACUUACUGGUCCCAGGCAACAAUACAUCAUCAGGGAGCAGGAUGGAGAGACCAAUGUCACCUGCACAGUUUCCAAUCAUGUCAGUGAGAAGUCUGCAUUUCAAACAGUGACGUGCAGCAAAGGUACACAACAAGAAACAGAAAACCACUUAAUCCUUUUUGUGAGUGUAGCUGGUGGAUGUCUGGUGCUUGUCAUUAUAAUCAGUAUAAUCGUAGGAGUUUGUUGCUGCAAAAGAAGACAUGUUGGAAGUGACACAAAUGACCUCACUGUGUAUGCUGAUAUUGGUGAGCUUACAAACGAAGAUGGGACUUCAUCUACCAUGCAGCCUUGCUCGGUGUAUGAAACCAUUGAUAACAGAGCCACUUCACUUAAACCUGGGCCUCAGACUGUCUAUGACAAGAUCCAGCUUAAUCGUGUGAGGAAGCCUUCAGUGUCACCCUACCAAGACAUUUCAUAGAUGAUGUACAGCUUUGUAUAAUUUUUGUCUGUUUGUUCAUUUCUUAUGUAAACAUAAAAAAUGUGGACUAUAACAUUUUUUAUAAAAACAGUUACAAUAUGGACAGCCUAAGAAAAUACAAAGCUAGUAUCGUAAUGAACAAAGCAACAUGUUUACUAUAUUUAUAUUUACUAUACUAUAUUUACUAUUUUUUUGUUAAUGUUGUAAGAUAAAUGUAAAUAUUUUGUAAAUACAGAGUAUUGUGAGGUUUUUUUCUUCUAAUGGCAUUAAUGUGACUGAAUUUUUUUAUUAGUAAUUUUUAAUUAAUAAUUAGUUCUAGCAAUAAAUUUCACACCAAUACAUUGCUGUAAACCUUUCUGUGCACACAGGGUUGAAUCUCCUUCAUAGCACAGCCCAUAAUUCUGCUGCCUGACCAAACCUCCCUGACUAGCAAUAUUAUCUGUUGUACCCUGUUAGUGUUAUUCCCCAUAUGUCACUCUGGCUGAUCCAAUUUAGCAUAAGCGUCAACUUUGUAGUGAUGUGGAGCGGAACGCAUACAAGCAUUUGAUGAAAUUACACACACCUCUAUUUUGCAGAAUUGAUAAAUUCAUUGAAAAAUGAAUAAAGUAAUAUAACCGGAAGAAGUAAUGUGUUGU